AGUUAUAAUACAGAUUAGGAAACACCAGAGUGGAUCAUGCAAUCGAGGAAAACGAGAACGUGUCCUUGAACGCAGCACCAGUGCUCCAGUCUGGAGCAGUAUUGGCCCCGCCCCCUUGAGCUCCGAGUGAAAAUUGAGAUAGUGAGGAAAAGCAGCGGGACGAGAGAUUAUGGAGGAAGAGAGCUGGAUGUUUUAGCUACUUUACCAUUCAAGGAAACACUAUUUGUUUGGACGUAUUUCACUUUAGCUCACUUCAAAACCCAUCUAUGUUGCUUUAACUGGUGUGUAUUUUAUGGGCUCAGGAAUACGUGGUAAAUCUGGCACUGAACGUCUGUGUGACCGCAGACGGAUAGCACGACCCGAGCAAAAGUUAGCCCGGCUAACUUAGCCUACAUCGGAUAGUACCAAACAACCAUAACGGACGACUUAUUACAAGACUUUAUGCUUUAAGCGGCGGUACAAUAACUCGUAAUGUUGCCUCCUGGAAUUUACUUUAGAUACGGAUGAAAAAACUGUUGAGGCGUCGUGGAAGAGUGAGAACAACUGCCAGCCCAGAGCAGCCCUGCUAUGUUGGGCUUGAGCCGAGGCUCUUGCAGCCCGUCGGUGUCCCGAGUUUGGCAAAACUGGUUGUCGUGGAAGUUAGAGGACUUUUUCAUCCUCCUGCUGUUCCUGCUGGAGGGGGCUGGGUGCCUGGCCAGCCCUGCCAGCCCGAGCAGCACCACAGGCGUCAACGGCAACAACCGCCCUGGUAUCAACGUUUAUAUGAAUGUGGAGGAAGUGAAGAAGCUCCUUGGUCUAGACGCAGAGCUUUUCUAUGUGCGAGAUGACACGGUGAAUAAUUACGCGCUCUCCUUCACCUUGCCCGUUCCGAGUGAGACCAACAGUCUACAUUUCACAUGGCAUUCCAGGACAAGAAUUGACUACCGUCUUGGCUUUCACGUGGAGAACCCAAUUGCCAUGAACCAACCUAGAAGCAACAUAUCCACCCAGGGGGAACUUCCACACGUUCCUUCUGUUUUUAGAGUGGAUCUCUUUUGCUCUGGCAAGAUAGACGGAGAAGCAAUUGUGACUGUACAGUUAAAUCUGACCAUCAGUGCCAACAACUAUACAGUGCUCAACUUUAAGAGGAGGAAAAUGUGCUAUAAAAGAAUAGAUUCUGACCCAAAGAUGCCCAUUACACUCAACAAUACCACACUUCAGCGGUCUGACUUAGACGGUGUGACCAGUCCAACCAGCUCCACUCAGGUGUUUUAUAUAAGCGUCAGUGUGUGCUGCAUUGUCAUCUUCCUGGUUGCCAUCAUCCUGGCUAUCCUCCACCUACACAGCAUGAAAAGAGUGGAGAUGGAAGACAGUGUGAGUGACACGGGGAGCUCUCAGGGUCUCUCUCAGCCGUCCACGCAGACCACGCAGUACCUGAGGGCUGACACCCCAAACAAUGCAGCUCCUGUCACGAACAAUCACCCUGGUUCUGCACCCAUCCUCCAGCUUGCUGCCUCCUCCUUCCAAAAUACCCCUCAUGAAACGAAAAGCUAUCCUUCUCUGCGCAUAGAGAAGAACGACCUGAGGAGUGUAACGCUCAUGGAGGCCAAAGCUAAGGUGAAAGACAUCGCCAUCUCAAGGGAGAGAGUUACCCUCAUGGAUGUCUUACAAGAAGGUACAUUUGGCCGCAUCUUCCAUGGUUUUCUGCUAGAUGAGAAGGACCCCACUAAGGAGAAGCAGGUCUUUGUGAAAACAGUGAAAGAUCAUGCAUCUGAAGUUCAGGUGACCAUGAUGUUGACUGAAAGUUGUAAACUUCGUGGACUUCAUCAUAGAAAUCUGCUCCCCAUAAGUCACGUGUGCACGGAGGACGGACAGAAGCCCAUGGUGUUGCUGCCCUUUGUGGCCUGGGGGAAUCUCAAACUUUUUCUGCGACAGUGCAAGUUAGCCGAGGCGAACAAUCCACAGGCAAUCUCUCAACAAGACUUGGUGUACAUGGCAAUCCAGAUUGCCUGUGGUAUGAGCUACCUGGCUCGCCGGGAGGUGAUACACAAAGAUCUUGCCGCCAGGAACUGUGUCAUUGACGACAACAUGCAGGUGAAGAUCACAGACAAUGCUCUUGCUCGGGACCUAUUCCCCAUGGAUUACCACUGUCUGGGCGAUAACGAGAACCGGCCCGUUCGCUGGAUGGCCCUGGAAAGCUUGCUCAACAAUGACUUCUCGAGCGCGAGUGAUGUGUGGGCCUUCGGAGUGACCCUGUGGGAGCUGAUGACUCUGGGUCAGACGCCGUACGUGGACAUCGACCCCUUCGAGAUGUCGGCCUAUCUAAAGGACGGCUACAGAAUAGCGCAACCAAUCAACUGUCCGGAUGAACUUUUUGCAGUGAUGGCUUGUUGCUGGGCCCUGGACCCAGAGGAGAGGCCCAAAUUCCAGCAGCUCGUUCAGUGUCUCACAGAGUUCCACGCGGCGCUCGGGGCUUAUGUGUGAAAGCCUCUUUCAAUUCACCCAAAAUCAUCAAAGGCUGUUGGACACUGCGUAAGAAUUACAGGCAGGAAAUUGCGCCUUAUCUGAUGGAGGCGCAGCCCUGCAUCCCGACUCUUUAACUGUGUACAGUCACUAAGGUUUUUAAGAUAGUAGAAUCACCUUUUUACAGCGUAGCAGUGUGAAAGGAUUCUUUGUUAAAUAUUGUUUUAUACGCUUUCGAAAGUGUUGAGAGAGGCCGUUCGGCUGUUGCAAGGGGGGGAAGGUGGAAAAUCCUCUGUACAGAACUUCACCACUUGAGGACAUUCUCGUGCCAUGAACAUUUUUUUGUAAUAUAUAUAUAUAUAUAUAUAUACACAUAUAUAUAUAUAUAAACAACCUGAUUUUAAAACACAGUAUUUUUUACUAUUUUGUUACGUAGUGUAAAUUUUUAGAUGUGGGUUUGAAUGACGGUAAAUACGCAGCCGAAGUCUUUUAGGUACCAAAGUAGAUUGUGAACUGAUGUGUAACCGUGUUGUCAAGCACAGACGUUGCGCGACACCACCUCGGUACCUCUGCUCCAACCGGGACGUCUCUGGGCAGAAGAGAGUUCCAGUCACCUCAGUGAUGACGGAGCGGGUUUGUACACAUCUUCACCUUCUGAACUUUUAACACCAACAAACGAGUGAGUUUUCUUUUUGAGACUAUUAGUAUUAUCCACAUGUCACCAUAUUCUUCCUUUUUUGUACAUUUUACUUCCACUAUUACGUCAUAUAAACCCAAUUUUCCAAUGUUUUCUUUUUAUCGUUCUUGAUUGUUCUGCGUCAGAACAUUUGCAAGUUUAAUUUUAUUUUCUUUUUGUUUUGGAUCUAGAACACAAGCAAUGUGAACACGAUAAUCUGCCAAAAAAACCUCGGUCUAAUCCUAGUUUCCCCACCUUUAACAUAUUUGAUGUGUCUUAAUGGUCACUGCAUGUUGAAUUAGGGUUGUAAACUGCUUCCUGAGUUUGUAUCCAAAAAUUAAAUGGGAUCUUUUAAGCA